GGCGUUGGACGCACACGCCACCUGGACGGGAAGUUGCUUUGGGUCCAAGGGCUUUCCAAAGAUGGAUACAUGCAGGUCAGCGGAAUAAGCACUCACCGCAAUCCCAGCGACCUGGGAACCAAGAGCCUUUCCAACGAGCGGCUUUUGAGCCUUUUGCAUAUGCUGCAUGUGAUUGACAUUGACCACGGCAAUGCUGCAGUUGGUAUUGAUGAAUAUCUUGAAAUGGAACAUGAGUUGGCCACGAGGGCCCAAGUCCGUCGAUUGCAGCAGCCUGAGACUUUGUCUGGACAGAGCGAUGUGCUGAUGAAUGCACUCAGGAUUGCAAUGAUCCUCAACGAGAUCGGUCCCGCAAAUGCGUUGAGUCUGGUUGCCGAUAUGAGCCCAAUCAUGCUGCAAGCAUGGACCGAUGCAAUCUGGUUUGUCAAUCUGACGUUGGAUUUGGUUCAGACAUUGGCAGAGCAAAUGAUUGUAAGUGCCAUCCAGCCCAGCCUUGAUCAUCCGCGUGCCGCUGUGCUUGCCGGAGGGUUGUUGGUUCUAAUGCCGUGGCUGGUGGUACUUAGUGGGUUCUUGCGUUCGCCGUCCGCUUCCGGCAGUGAAGCACCCAAUGCAAGUGCAAACGUAAUCACAAGUGAUGCGCCCGCGGUGCAAAGCCCCUUGGAGUCAGAGCCGGAUGCUGAAGCAAUGACUCGCUUGAGGGCAAAUGCAGAUGAGGCUGCGCCAAAGGUGCAGCAAAGCCUAAGGAAAAUUUUCAAUACGAGUCCCUUCGAGAAACACCCUGGUGGAAUCGAAAAGCUUCUCGAUGAACUCAGACGAGAAAGCGACAUUCGGGAAAUGAAGCCGAAGCCUGAUGAUCCGGGCUACGCAGGGAAGUUGGAGGCACACCUAGCAUUCCUCAAGGAAGCGUACGGGCCUGACUUCUUCACCUACAUUCAGCGCAACGUGCAGAAUGCGGAGAUUCGUCGGAAGUACCUCGUCAAAACUCCUGAGGGGUACGGCCUGUGUGAUUCCACACUUCGGCAGACCUUCAACGGUCCCUACAUCCUCGCCUGCCUUGAGAAGGCCUUUCUGCAGAACGCCGAGCACAAGGACUUCAAGUCCAAGUUUGGCCGGAAAGCGAAGAAAGACUUGAUGGCAUACCUUGCUCUCAGGGAGAAACGUGAAGCUGAACUGGAAGAACUCUACUCUCGUCCUUACGGGGACAUUGCUGUGGAGGAGUUCCUGGAAAAGCUUCCCGGUCCGCAGCGAUGUGCCGAUUAUGGAGACGUCCAGAAGGCGAACAACGACGUGGCCGUGGUACCAGAGGCGUCCUCACCUGAUGAGAUGCCUAUGCCUGACAUUUCUCCCGACAAGGAUGCUGGUCCAACUCUUCAUGAUCAAGGCAUCUGGGCGAAGUGCGAAAACGUCGCUGAUCCGGACAGCAACAUGGAGGACGCCAAGGAGAAGUACGGCCUCGAGGAUACCGAAGAGUACAAACAGUUCGUUACCACCAUAGCCAAGCGCGAGAGGACGAGCCCCAUGCUUCUUCUGAUGGUGCAGCACAUCAACUGGCGCGUUCGACGGGAGCCACAUCCAGCUCAGAAGUUCUUCCUUUCGGAAGGUGACCUCUUCAGGCAGUUGUGCACUGUGGCUCCUAUCUAUGAACGUCGCCCAGAUCGCCUGGACUUUAUCUUUCGUACGGGUGAUGUUCGCUCCACACUUGACGACAAAUUGAUGGAGAGAGCGUUUGCUUCCCAAGCUGCAGCGCUGGAGGCACAAGAGGCUCUCUUGGAGAAGGUCAAAUCUCUUCGCAAAGAUGACCAACCUGCUACGUGGGAGGAGCUCCUCAAUGCGAUGCUCCAUUACUCUCUCGGUGCUGGUGUGGAUGAAGAGGAGAUCGGAGACUUGUCAUUGGACAAGAUACCGAAUCCCGCUCUCUUCCGUUUUGGGUUGGCAGAGGAUGGGCCUGUUCCUAUCUAUACUAAUCUAUACCUCCAAGUCCAAAUACACCGCACUGAUCCUCAAUGGAAUCAAUCCCGCGGCAGGAAAAGGACAGCGCCGUCCGUCUUCUCCAACUACAUCGACUACGACAACUCCGGCGAGUCCAAGGGAGCGCUCACAAAGUCGAUUGCUCAGAGCAAGUCGCAUCUCUUCAUGUUACGCGGUGUCGUCUCAGGAGCUUGA